CUCUUUCGUUAGCUUUUAGCUCUUCUAUAACAACGCUGACGCUUAUUUAGAAACUUUCAAGUGAUUAGUAAAAACUAUUUAACAGCAAUAAAUAGGCAUAAUUUUACGAUCUCAUAUUCUUAUAUGAAAUAGUUUUCUAAAAAAACUUGAAAACAAUAUGGUGGAAAACAGUUCAUAUUUUUCGUUGGGAAUGCAUUCGUGUGUGAAGCUGUACAAGGCAAUGAGCACAUAAAAGUGCACUGCUCUAAUUGUGCACAAAUGAACAGUUAGUACGAGUGUAUUUACAACUAGACUGCUGUUAUAAUUGUUAUGCAAGUUUAAUAAUAUAAUAGAACAUGCAAAGUUUAUUAAUUAGAACCAAUGCAGUGAAAAUGUGACUACACUAGAAUAAUUACGAAUUUUAUUGUGAAAUUUUUGUGUAGUAGUCGUAAUUGUGUAAAGGAGAUUCCGAGUGUAAACGAAUGAAAACGAUUAUCCUCUUGUUUUACCGCUGCGUGCCGCGCUGCAUUGGUACAUAACGUGAUGUUUUCGUUGCUCUAGCCAUGCUUUGCUGCUAUUAUGCUACUGUGAAUUCAAAGUACUUGUUGGUGUAUGUAUACAUGUGUGCAGCGGCGAUAGCUAUUGUGAAUACGUUCGUUUUUCCGCUAUGGUCACGUACUCUUUCGAGCUGUGCAAUUUUGUUAUAAAUUUGGCAGUUUUCCUUGGCAAAUAUAGUGUGAAAUAUCUUUGUUUACAACAAGUUAAGUACAAUUCUUUUAGUGAGACUGAGUUUACUUUAUAUGAAAUGAUAACGAAGUGAAAAUCGCUUUAAUGGAGCAAUUAAUUAGGCUGACAUUGAUUGCAAUUUAAAUAUACUAAAAUACAAAAUAGCCGCUUUCAAAACGGUUAAAGUGCUUGUGUAAAAAAUAUUGCACUUUGUUAAAGUUCGCAAUUAAGCAACAUAAUAAAAAACAAAAAAUGUCGAACUCCAGCACAGAAGUACCUCGCAUAAUGGUCUUUCGACCUACGUGGGAGGAAUUCAAAAAUUUUCCUAAAUACGUCGCCUUCAUGGAAUCUCAGGGCGCUCACAAAGCUGGUCUAGCCAAAGUGGUACCACCACCAGAAUGGGUGCCACGUCGUAGUGGCUACAAUGAUUUGGAUGCGCUCAAUAUAACUAUACCGGCGCCGAUUUGUCAAGUCGUCACCGGCAAACAGGGCCUCUACCAACAAAUUAAUAUACAAAAGAAGCCACUUACAGUGAAGCAAUUCAGUGAGUUGGCGUCUACGGAACGCUAUCAGACGCCUAAACAUUUUGAUUUCGAAGAUCUCGAGCGUAAAUAUUGGAAGAAUAUUACCUAUGUGGCACCGAUCUACGGCGCGGAUGUUAGUGGUAGUGUCACUGAUACGGAUCAAGAUAGCUGGAAUAUAAAUCGUCUUGGUACAAUUCUCGACUAUGUCAACGAAGAUUAUGGCAUACAAAUUGAUGGUGUGAAUACAGCCUAUUUGUAUUUUGGCAUGUGGAAGACUACCUUUGCCUGGCACACUGAAGAUAUGGAUCUCUAUUCGAUAAACUAUUUACAUUUUGGCGCUCCAAAGACGUGGUAUGUCGUACCACCCGAACAUGGGCGCAAAUUAGAAAAAGUAGCUAAUCAAUAUUUUCCGGCGAGCUAUGAAAAUUGUAAUGCUUAUUUGCGGCAUAAAAUGACACUGAUAAGCCCGCAAGUGCUUAAGCAACACGACGUGCCGGUGAAUAAAAUAACCCAGGAGGCUGGUGAGAUAAUGAUCACAUUUCCUUUCGGUUACCAUGCCGGUUUUAAUCAUGGUUUCAAUUGCGCCGAGUCAACCAAUUUCGCCAUGGAACGGUGGAUUGAAUAUGGAAAACGUGCCGUUCAAUGUACCUGCAGUAACGACAUGGUGAAGAUCUCCAUGGAUACAUUCGUGAAACGCUUCCAGCCCGAUCGCUAUCAGUCGUGGCUGGAAGGAAACGAUGUGGGCCGACAUCCCGAAGAUCCGCCCAGUGCCAUAACCGCUGCGCCAUUACCCUCACAUUUAGAUGCAAUAUGCAAUAAGAAUCAUGGGGCUGGCAAUUUACCAAUGCACGCAUUACAUAGAAUGAAAAAACAAUGUAAUCCCACAAAGAAGAAGUCCUUCAAAGAACGCAAUCCUGAUUUGAAUUUAGAGGAGAUCCAACAGAAUCCCAAUAUACCCGAUGAGGUGAAGGCUGUGCUAAAAGAGAGUGUACUAACGCUCGACGCUGAGGACGAAGAGCCAGCCAUAAUCGGUGAUGGAGAAGCUGAGAUAAUGAGUCAAUUAAGUCCAGCUAAUUUGAAAACCAAAAAGGAAUUACUCGACUACAUUGAUGAUGGCACAGAUGAAGACGAGGAGGAAGAAUUCCGUAAACGCCGUCAUAAGCGCAAACAUCAUUCCGACUAUGAUGAUGAUUGGUUUGCUAGUAAGCGGCGCAUAAAUGCGCGUAAUAGCAGCAAAGGUCGCAGUCCGCGCAAUAGCAAUAAAGACGAUCGCUCCAUAUCGCCGGCAUCAUCAUCAUCUUCAUCGUCACGCGCACGCCGUCAGCCAUGUACAACACCCGGAAAAACGCCACGCAAAACACCAAAUCGUAGAAAGAAAGACAAUGCCGCCUCUGCCGCAACAACACCUAAUGCCUGUGCUUCUACUGCGGCGAUAGCAAUGGCAGCACCGGAAGCAGUGGCGAGCGUACUGAAAAGCGCCGCUGCAGUUUCGCAAGCACUGGGGAGUCAAAGCAAUGGUGGCGCGAGCUCACCAUCGGCAAUUGAUGAAGCGCCAACAGUGGCCGUAACCGUGGCAGCUGUAGCUGCUGCUGAUGCGGUGGGAGGCAGCAAUUCAGUAGCCACGAACACAAUCGCAAGAGCAGCAGUUGUGGCAUCAGCAAUUGCUAACACCAGCAGCAACACCGAGUCGGCAGUUGCAGCAACAACAAGUGCUGCCAUAUCCGCACCCGCACCCGUCAUACGCGUGGUGCACAAGCUGAGCGAUCAGUUGUGUGUCAGCAGCACUACAACGGGCAAAAGUAAUAGUAAUAAUAAUAAUAACAAUAACAACGAUCUCCCCUCCGUACCGCCAGUGUUGCAUUUUAUGCAACCCUCACGCAAAUUCGAGGGUAAAAUACCAAAAAUCAGUCAGCAAAUCAAUUUGCAACACCCAGAACUGAUCAUAAUGCCAUCCACAUCGAACGCUGCUGCCUCUACGGCUGUUGCCAACACCACCACAACCGCUAUAACGGCGUCUAGUCAACAGCAACAGCUCGAACAGGAGCAGCAGCAGCAGCAGUUGCAGCAGCAACAACAACAACAAACAAUUGUUUAUACAACCAUGUUGCCUGCGGCGAGCACUCUGAAUGGCAUUGCUGCUCAGCAAUCAGGGCAGCAGCAAACCCAAUACAUUACGAUACCCGCCUCGUCGGCGUCAAGUGGCAAUACUACAGACGGCACUGUCUAUCAGCUGCAAAGCGAGAUUGUUUGUGAUGCGGCGACAUAUCAGCAACAUCAGCAGCAGCAACAACAACAACAGCGUCAACAACAGCAGCAUGGGCAGCAGCAGCAGCAACAACAAUUGACUGCCCAAAGCAUCAACGGCAAUACGAUUGCGGUGACGUCGUCCGCUGCAGCGCAAGACAAUGUGGUCACCACUAUUAGUUCGUCCCCUAUACUGCUCACCUCCACCACCGCCGCCGCCGUCGCUGCCGCCAACAACAACCAACACCAUCAAUUCCACCUUCAACCACAACACCACCACCACAAUUCUGCUGCUGCCUCCACAUCUACAUACACCACAACAACAACCACUGCCACACCGCUCACCACCAUCAAAACCGAGUAUGAUGAUGAACCGAAGCACAUUGUGGUCAACGGCGAUGGCACCACCACCACGCUGCAGGCGCAGUCGCAGCCUCAGCCCCAAUAUCAUUACAUUACGACGACAGGCGAAGAUGGACAAACUCCGACCACAAUCGUCUUCGAAAACUACAACGGUGAGGUCAAUGGUGGCGGCGCCACGACGAUUAUUAAAUUCGAAGGCGACGACAGUGAGUACCAGGAGUUCCGUGUGAUAAAGCAUGAAGAGGAGGGUACGAAUGGCAUAAAUAAUGAUGCCACAUCAUUGGAACAACAACAGCAUCAAACGACGCAGCAGCAGCAGCAAACACAGUUCACUUACAAAACUAUAACGAAACACGACGAAGAAAUGAAUCAAACCAUAACUGACACGAUUGCGGUGCCCACGAGUGGCGUAGCAGCGAUACCGCCACAAAAGCAGAAACGAAAGCGAAAAACGCGCCUAAUUUCGCCGGACGAACAGGGCGAGUAUUUAGAGCGAAUGUCAGUGCGUGGGCUGGACAUACAGCGUUACGAACAUAUCAUUGAUGGCGUGUCGUACUGUCUGGUGUGCGCCAAGAAUGACGUUUUCAAGACCUUCAAGAACAAGUACAGCUUUCAGCGACACGCUUAUCUGUUCCACGAGGGAGAUAAUCGUAAAAUUUUCGCCUGUCCCAUUUGCCAUAAGGAGUUCUCACGCCCCGACAAGAUGAAAAUGCAUAAAAAGGAUAAACAUGGCGAUAUGCCGGUACCCGACGGUAAUCUUACGCCAGCGGUAACACCAGUGAAACAAGCAUCCGAUGGGAAUUCUGCUAAGCGCUCGCGUUCCACAAGCACGCGCACACCACGCUCGCGAAAGCCGCGUGCCAACAUCGUAAACAUGCCAACACCCAAUAGCAGUAGUAGUGAAGAAAACGCUGUGGAAGCGAAGCGCAAGCGUCUGGCGCAGAUUGAUAGCGUUUUGGAUGUGGUACAGCAACAAGCCUCCGACGCGAAUACGUCCCAUGAGCAGACGUCUACUGUGAACAUACAACUGCAACAGCAAUCAAGCGCACAGCAGGCGCCACAGCAAGUACAGGUACAACAACAACAGACGCUACCGCCCAUCGAUUUGAGUGGCAUGAUUUUGCCAGGUGGCGCACAGUUAGCGCUGGCCAACCCUGGCGCUACGUCCGCACUUUUGCAGCAGCAACAACGUGCCGUCCACCAACAACAGCAGCAGCAGCAGCAGCAGCCACACACACCGCAGCAACAUAUCGCAUUGGCUGCGCAAACAACACAAGUGCUGCAGCCGUCAGCAACAGCCGCUACUGGCACUAGCGCCGGUGGCACCACACUUAUCUAUUCUAAUCAAAUUGAUUUGCAGCAGGCGUUGCUGCAGCAACAGUUGCAUGGCCAGAGUAUUAUGAUACAGGAUCAGGCAGGUAAUUUGGUGCCAUUGCAGUCGCUGCAGGCGCUAAAUGCGACAACCGCGCUAGACGGUACACAAACGAUUUACACCACGCAACCCGCGCGUCAGGCGCAGCCACCACAGCAACUGCUGCAGCCGACGCACCAGACCGCGGUAGGUACACCGGCAAGCGCCUAUCAGGGCGCGACGCAGCAGCACAUACAGCUGCAAGCGUUGCCAAGCGCCUCGCCGCAAGAGACUAUCAUCACGACAACAUCACCUGCUGGCCAAUCGCAGCAGCAGCAACAGCAACAGCUAAAAACGGAAACGCAGCAGCAUACAAAUACAAUCGCGACGCAACAACAACAACAGCACUACGAGCUGGAGAAUGUCGCUUAUCUGUCGUCGACAGCCGCGACCCCUGCACCAACGGACCAACAACAGCAGCAGCAGCAGCAACACCACGUCAUCGGCACUGUACAAAGCUAUCAGAUACUCACGCCGGAUGGCUUACAGAGCUACCCCACCGCCACAGCGACAACAACCAAAUUGGAGGCAAGCGAUCUGGCGGAACUCUGUCCCUACACCUCAAUGGCCAACACCACGCCGCAUUAUACGUUCACAACGCAUGCGGGUCAUCACGGCGCGACGGCGGACGCGCAGCAGCUGCACCAGCAGGUGACCGGUGUUACUACUAGUCAUACCCAACAGCAGCAUCAGUUGACGGCGGGUGGAGGAGGCGGUGGCCAGCAGCAGCAGUCACAGCAGCAUCAUGCGCAGCAACACCACUUCAUGGAGUUGAAGAACGAUUUGCUCAUUAAGAGUGCGGCAGACGCAUACGCGUUGGACGCAAGCUCCAUGUAUCACCUGCCUUUCUCGCCGUCGUCGAUGAUUAGCACGGUGAACGACGUGAAUGCGCCGUCGCUGCUCGAAACCAAAGAAAUUAGUUACGAUAUCACCGAGGCGGUUCUGUUAGCACUGUAAUAAAUAAAUCGUACUCUGUAAGUGCUGCAAAGGACGAAUUAUCAAGAAAAAAUAAAAAAGGAAAGGAAUUAUGACAG